GCCUGAGACAUCAAGCAACAAGGCCAAGACUUUCAUCAUGGCACCUGUCAAGCAACUCGCCGUCCUCACGGCUGCAGCUGCCUGCCUUCCUUAUGCUUUUGCAGCAGUCAUUGCUCCUUCCCCUUCUGCACUUUCCAACUCGCAAUCAUCCUUGACCUUGCUUUAUCAGAACAACCUCAAUUUCACCGACGAUGUCAACCACAUCAGUGCUAUCCUGUUAGAUCCUUCCACUGCUGCCAAUGCAGCCACCGGAUGUGCAGCCCUGAACGAGACACUGCUUUCGCAGUCUGCUCUGCAAGCACAUUCCCAGGACUUUAUCGAACAGCUUUCGUACAUUAACUACGCUGGUCGUUGCACACAAGAUCAGAAGUGGCACAUUGCAAGUGGUCAGACUGUACAGCUCCACAACAAUGUAUUGAAGUUUGGCAAAGCCGGCGUAGGCAAUGUUCUGCCCGUCCUGUGUACGCAGUCUAGCCAGAGCAAUAUGCCAAGCAAUGCUGUCGCCUCUGCUGCCAACGAAAUCAAGAUUGCUUCCACUGGCAACACCUACGUAGGCUUCAGAAACAAGAAGUCCUUCCGUUUCCAGGGUAUUCCUUUCGCAGACCAACCUGAACGCUUCGCCUACUCGACUUUGUACUCCAAGACUGGACAAACCAUUGACGCCACAAAGUACGGUCCUGACUGCGCGCAGCCGUACGAGAGCUCUAGCAGCGAGAACUGUCUCUUCCUCAACAUCCAAACUCCUUACAUCCCCAAGGCCGGAUCCAAGAAGGACCUCAGGCCCGUGCACUUCUGGAUCUAUGGUGGUGGUUUCACCGGCGGCUCCGGUGCUAGUGCAGGUAGUGAUGGUGGUCAGCUGGCCUCUCGCGAGGACCUGGUGGUAGUGGAGAUCAACUACCGUUUGACUACCCUGGGCUUCCUGGCCAUUCCAGGUACCAACAUCACCGGCAACUACGGUAUCUCCGACCAAGUUACUGGCCUUGACUCAUACGCACGCAGCGAAGCGCUAUUCGGCGAAAUUGGCUGCAACCAGACCACUCUUGAUGAGCGUAUCUCGUGCUUGAGAGCUGCACCUGCACAAACUAUCGUCAACGCUGCCACUGUUGCCAGAUAUGUGGUCCAAGAUGGAACUUACGUCAACACUGAGACUCUCGAUGUGUACAACCGCAACGGCAGCGCUGCGAACGUCAACACAAUCUGGGGAACCACUGCCAACGACGGUGCAUCUUUCUCGACCUACCCUACAACUCCUGUGACGAGUGAAUUGGCAGGUAUCAUGGCUGCACUUGGUAUCUCGCAAGCAGAGGCACAGUCCAUUAUCAACUCUGGACUCUUCCCUUACUACGACACUGGCAAUGUGACGUUGGAUUCGUUCAACGUAUCACAGAGAGUGGCUACUGACAACCAGUUCCGUUGUAUCGACCAGGCCACUGUAUAUGCAGGUGUAGAGUCUGGCGCUUUCAAGACUUCGUAUUUCUACCAGAUGCAGAGGACGUCAGGAGGGUAUGACCCUAAUAAUCUUGGAGGUCCUCCGGUCGAGCCAGGAUAUCCUUAUGGUAAUCCUGAGAAGCCAUACUUCAAACUUCAUGGUUCUGACAUGCCUUGGGUCUUCGGAAAUCUGAAUCCUCUGCGUGAUGCCAACGACCUCAAGUCGGUCCAGUUGGAGAGUGGUUACUUUGCUGCGUUUGUCCGCUCGCUGAACCCCAACCCACCAGCCAGCUAUCUCCAGGUCCGCGGCUACACCAACACUACCCAGGGAGUCAAGGAGAGUGGCCCAUGGCAGCCUGUUGCCAACGACCAAGGCCCGAUGAAGUUGCUCGAUUUCCCCUCGUUGACCGCCGACUUCCAGGACCUGCCU